UGUUUUUCCGUUUCCGGUUUUAUAAGCGGUCCGCCAGAGUUGGGAGGCAGCAGCCCCUGGGUUACUUUGAGUUAGGGUCGUUGCUUUUGGUGUAGAAGACGGGAACCGCCUGUGUGCCGACAUUUCGGAGAAGCGGUCGGGGCUGCGAACAGUCAAGUGGAAGAGAAGGAGGUGACUAGUACAAAGACAACUGCUCCAGGACCACGAGACUUGGAUGCCUUCUUCAUCUCCCCUGCCCUCUGGUUCCAGUGUGAGUCACCCAGUGGGCACAUUAGGAGGAGAUCAGACAGACGGAGAAGAGUGGCUGCAUCCCUUAACUGCAGGCUGACCUCCUAUACGACAGCCUUCUCCACCCGGCGUUCCCCACCACACACUUGUGCUAACUACUCCCUGCUGUAGCUCCUUCAGGCCUCAGGGUAGGAACAGCGCCCUGCUCUUACUAGCCCAAGUACAGCACUGUACCUGGACUGACAGUAAGGAUAAAUAUUUGGAUUAUGGCAAGAUGAGCUUCCUGUUGCCCAAGCUAACUAGCAAAAAAGAAGUAGACCAAGCAAUAAAAAGUACUGCAGAGAAGGUAUUGGUUCUCCGAUUUGGGAGAGAUGAGGAUCCAGUCUGUCUGCAGCUAGAUGAUAUUCUUUCUAAGACGUCUUCUGACCUGAGUAAAAUGGCUGCUAUAUAUCUGGUAGAUGUGGACCAAACUCCCGUUUACACGCACUAUUUUGACAUCAGUUAUAUUCCAUCUACUGUGUUCUUCUUCAAUGGGCAGCACAUGAAAGUGGAUUAUGGGUCUCCCGAUCACACUAAGUUUGUGGGAAGUUUCAAAACCAAGCAAGACUUCAUAGAUUUGGUUGAAGUAAUUUAUCGAGGAGCAAUGAGGGGAAAGCUUAUUGUCCAAAGUCCUAUUGAUCCCAAGAAUAUUCCCAAAUAUGACCUUCUCUAUCAAGACAUUUAAAGCAUUCAUGACUAUCAAAGUUGAAGAAAAAAGCACGUCUUGAAACAGUACCUGAACCCAGCUGUGCCGUUUUCCUGGAGUCCUUCGGACAUGUGUUCAGCAUCCCAGCAGAGAAGAGUGCUGACUUGGGUAGAAAAUACCCCACCCUCAAGUAGAAGACCACGCUGGCACUGCGAUGGGCAGAGAUGCUUAAAUGUCUAUUCCCUGCAAACCCCAGAGCAGUCAAGACCACCGGGGUCAAUUUCCCAAGCGUGAUUUUUUUUUAAUUUUUAUUGUGCUUCUCUUUGUUCCUUAAGAUGACACAAAAUCCUUCUAAACAUUGGCUAGUAUAUUUAUGUUGACUUUGAUAUACAAGUAAGAUAGAAAAUCAUUUCCCGUAAGAGCAGAAGUACUUAUUUUUUUACCCUAAAUGUACCCACACACACACCCUCCCCCUCCCCCGUUUCUCUACUCAUGUAUUUAUCUCAUGCUCUCCUGUCUCCAGUCCCUGUUAUCUCAGUUUCUCUUGGAAUAAAUAUUUCUCUACAGAUAGUGAGAAAAUGUUUUAUUUUGGAAACUUUCUGGUUUAAACUUUUAUUUAUUUAUUUUUAUUUUUUGAGAGAGAGAUUGCAAGCUGGGGAGUGGCAGAGACAGAAGGAGACACAAUCUGAAGCAGCCUCCCGGCUCUGAGCUGUCAGCCCAGAGCCCAAUGCAGGGCUCGAACUCACAAACUGUGAAAUCAUGACCUGAGCCAAAGUUGGACGCUUAACCGACUUAGUCACCCAGGUGCCCCAUCUGGCUUGAACUUUUAAAACAGUAUCCCAGUUUGCUCAUUUGACUAGCUUUUGUUAUUAAAUUGCCCAAGAAAUGGGACGUUGAACCUUUACCAUCCAGCACCCAAUUUGAGCUAAACAAAUUAGUAAGUAGCAGCAGAUUUCUCCCAGAAGUCCAAGUUCUGCCGCUUUCUGAAGCAGAGGAUUUUACUUCAAGGACUCAAGACCGGAAAGAGAUGUCAGAAUCGUUAGAAAUAACAUCUUUGUGGUAUUUGCCCAUUUUAAUAACUUUAUGAAGAAUUCUUGCUCUGCCAGCAGCCCUGGCAUAACCUGCCACCACUUGACAAGUCCCUGCUUCUCUCAAAACCUCGCUGGGCCUUUGGAUACUGACUUUGUAGAACAAAAGAAUAGAUGCAGAUCCGGAGGGCAGUGGGCCAGACGUGGAUUUGCUUGCCAGAUGCUGACGUCCCAGCUCUGUGCAGACCAACACUGUCUCUGCAAGUUCAUUCUCCCCUUACUGGGCACUUCCUUUACAAGCCUUUUCUGCAAGAAGAGAUGACCACCCAUCCUGGUUCUCAUUAACGUGGCAUAGAAGGAAGGCCACUGUGGGUUUUUGCAUCCUUUGCUGACGACAGGAGAGAGCCGCCCCAGGGAUAAGACAUGGAAACCGUAGCAACCAUCCCAGGACCAUUAGGACCAGCCCCUGGAUGAAACGUGAAUGUGUGGAGAAGAACAAUAAAAACCUGUGUCCCUGAUGAUGCUAUUGAGCUGCUUAGUGAACUCUAUACCUGCCUCCCUCCAGAAAGAAUAAAAUGUCUUCAUUGCCUGUCA